UGCCAGAGCCCCGUGUCUCAGGAUAGAGAGAGGAUGUCUGUGUUGGAUGCUCGCACUCCACAGCCGGGCUGACUUGUCCGUCACAUCACAAAGCUUUCUCCCCACAAUGUGCCAGCCCUGCUCCGUCUCUGCAGAAUUCUAGAGGGGUUAUCACUACUACAGCCACAACAGCAGCUACAGCAGCAGCGGACCCUCUCGUCUCUCCUCUCCUCCUCGCAAGCUCUCGACAGUGUGGACAAGAGGCAGCGAUGAACCUCCCGUGCCUGUGUUACAUCCUCUCGUCUCUCUUCAUCGCGGCGCUGGCUGCAAGCUCCAGACGGGGUUCCGAUGAUCUGGAACGGAAGCUCAAAAAGAUUUCAACGGAAAAAAGCAGCUUCCUUCAGCAACUCUCCAAAUCAACACCAGACCGACAAGGAAUGAAGGGAAGCCUCCAGUCCUUGAAAACGGAUGGGACGGUUACCAAAAACGAUGUGCAGAAACUACUGGAGAUAAGCCAGAAGCAGAAAGAUGAAAUGAAAUCUCUCCAGGAGGCCCUUGAGAAGGAGAUCAACGAGGCCACGUUGAAAGCAGAGAAGCAGCAGGCUGGGAUCAACUUCUUAAAGUCUGAGGUGGAAAGGAAGAGCAAGCUGAUAAAAGAUUUACAGCAAGAGAAUAAAAGCCUGAAAAACAAACUUCUCUCCGGGAACAAGCAGUGUGGUAUCCAUGCUGAGGAGUCCAAGAGGAUCCAGUCACAACUUAAGGAGCUACGCUAUGGGAAGAAGGAUUUGAUUUUUAAGGCUCAGCAACUGACCGAUCUCGAACACAAACUGCUGGCAGCUAAACAGGAAUUGGAAAAGACAGAAGGCGAUAAGGAAUCGCAGCUGAGGGCAUUGAAGGAGGUGGCGCGUCUGUGUGUGUCAGGCAUCCUCAGGAACCAGUCUCCCUUCAUGAGUAUCAUCCCUCCUCGAAACGCAGAGAAUGGCAUCUUACUAAACAAAAACACCUCUCGAUUUCCCUCCUACCAGCCCAGCACAAAGCUCCAGGCCGUGUCCCAGGCCGAAGAGACCAAUUCACCAAACAACGAGCCCUUCCUUCACGAGGCCACGAAGAGCAAUGAUGAAGAUGCAGUGGACUGCAGUUUGCACAAGGCUGGCAAGAAUUGUUCUACGAAUAACCCUCCCGCUAAAUAGAAAGGCGCCCGAAACAAACGUUCAAGUCUGGAGAUGAAAACCUACACGACUGAGAAACAGAUCACAAACACCAGAAGAAAAUUAGUUCAGGUUGUGUCGAGGGCUAUUGGGCGUGAAAAUGCUACGUUUCUACGACAGAAGCACUACAGAUCACACCGUAGAACAGUUUUGUAUUGGAAAUCUCCACGUUAUUUUAGUUCCCACCAGUUUUCACAGCUGUACCAUGUUGCAUUUUCACUUCAAACCAGCGGAUGUGAAAUUUAAUUUAGACAAAUAGAGUCAAAUUAAGGUGGUUAAAGAAAAGUAGGCGGGUAAUUAGACUUGGGAUUUUUUAUUAGAAUUAGUGGCAAUAGUGAUAAAGAAGACUGCAAUAAUCCAUUUUUCUUAUUGAAUCCAUCCAAUAUCAUUGAUUUGACAAAUACCGAGUCUGAUCUCCAUACUGACGCUGUUUUGGUUCAAACAAGUCCCGGUAAAAGCAAAUUAAUGGCCAAAGUCAACAAGCGAGAAAAUUGCUACAGUUAAUAACAAGUGUAAAAUUAAAAGCAGAGAUUCAAGCGUAAAAUGUUUAAGUCAUUAGCUAGUGAGCAUGCCGGCAUUCAAGUGAAUAAUUGAAAACAUUAAUAAAAAUAAUGUCCGGUUAAUGAACCAUUAGCAAAAAAGUUACUUCUGCGAUCAAAGUGAGAGUUGCCAAGCAGAUAGAUUUCUUAGAACAAAAUUUUUUUUUUUUAUACUCAGUAAAAAAUGUGUUAUUUUGCAUAACAGGAAGGCUACCUGCUAGACACAAUGUCUAUGUGGUUCUUCGAAAGCUCUGGUCUAAUUAAGCACAGGCAGCUGGCCGAUGGUGUAGCGGUAGAUAUGCUGCCUUAAACCCCUGUCCCACGGUACGAGUUCAUUCCAAGAGCUCUCCCGAGUUUGCCCUGAUUCGAACUCGGAGAUUUAUGGUAAUGGC